CACCACUACCUACACCCACGCCCGGUAAUUCCACGCUCCAGCUCCCUCUCCCACCUACUGUGCCCAACUACUGUGUGCAUCAGAUCUCUCGACACUCGAGCAAAAGCUCGGACCGACUGCAAGAAAGACAAACUCAUCCUCUCUGUCGAUGUAGAGAUACCAUGUCCAUUGCAGCUACUAAACAAACAAUGUCUUCGCCCAAGUACGAAUACACCAGUCUGUCCGAUUCUCACGACGAGAUGAAGGAGGACGGUCUCAUCGCUCGUCCUCAUGCUUCCCAUACUGGGAUCAAUCGAUGGGGCUUCUUCGCUGCCGGCGUGUUGUCGACGCUCGCUGCAGUCUUCGUCGUCUGGGUCGUCAGUCUACAUGUUCACAUCCCAGCACAUAACUCUGAAGCUGAUGCUCUCCUCCUCCUCCGCAAACCACACUUCAUGACACACGCCACUGAGUCCAUCUACGCCGUGCCACAAUCCGUGCAGUCCGACGAGGACUGGCGUCUGCUCUUCCCACUGCGCGGUGCCCGCUUCACGAGCGAGGACGAGGCUCGCCCGUUUACGCUGUCUGUCUUCCACCAGCUGCAUUGUCUGGCCAGUAUCCGGCGCGUGUACUUUGACCUGCAGACGGGCGAGGGCAGUGCUAUUGAUGCGUCGACACAUGGGCAUAUCCGGCACUGUAUUGACUUUCUGCGGCAGGUGGUGAUGUGUAAUGCGGAUCGCACCAAGGAGAUUUAUGGGACGGAUAGCUUUGAGGCGCAGCAUAUGUGUUACGAUUGGGAUGAGGUUCUGGAGAGUACGGAGCCGUGGACGUUGGCUCUUGAGGACAAGGAUGAGGAUGAGGAAUAGGGGGGCGCGUUAUUUUGUGCUGCUAGCUCAGGCUGUGAGACAGAUUGGACUUAUGUCGAGUAGUAUAGGGAGAAGAAAUGCUUAUCAUGAUGAAGC